AUGGGCCGCGAUCCGCGCGAGUACUGCGUCAUGUCAACCGAGUUCGUCGACGACGGCAGCGGCCGGGUCAAAGGAAUCAACACCGUUCGCGUGGAGUGGACCAAGAGUGCCACCGGUGGCUGGGACAUGAAGACCGUCGAGGGUAGUGAGCAAUUCUUCCCCGCGGAUUUGGUCUUGCUUUCUAUGGGAUUCUUGGGUCCUGAAGACCGUUUGCUGGGUGAGGAGAUUGAGCGCGAUCCUAGAAAGAAUGUUAAGACUCCCCCCGGUCACUAUUCUACGAAUAUCCCCGGUGUCUUUGCGGCUGGCGAUUGUCGUCGUGGUCAGUCGUUGAUUGUCUGGGGUAUCAAUGAGGGUCGACAGGCUGCUCGUGAGGUUGAUGCUUUCCUAAGUGGGAUUAGUUCUCAACUUCCUGUUACGGGUGGUAUUGUUCGUCGGCCGGCGAUUGAUUCUGUUCCGAGACAUGCUGAGACUCAGGUCGUUGCUUGA